AUGGCAGUCAAGGGAUUAGGUCAAUUGGACCUGGAAUAUGAUGGCUCUGACUUAAGAGUUGGGAUCAUUCAUGCAAGAUGGAAUAAAAAGAUCAUUGAUGCAUUAUUAGAAGGUGCAGUUAAACGUUUGAAGGAGUUCGGUGUUAAGGAAUCAAAUAUUAUUAUUGAAUCUGUUCCUGGAUCCUUUGAAUUACCUUAUGGCAGUAAAUUAUUUGUGGAUAAGCAAAAAGCAUUGGGAAAGCCUUUAGAUGCUAUCAUUCCUAUUGGAGUACUUAUUAAAGGUUCUACCAUGCACUUUGAAUACAUUUGUGAUGCUACUACUCGUCAAUUAAUGAAAUUGAAUUUCGAAUUGGGUAUACCAGUUAUCUUUGGUGUGUUAACUUGUUUAACUGAGGAACAAGCCUUUGCCAGAGCAGGUUUGAUUCCAGGUAAAAUGCACAAUCAUGGUGAAGAUUGGGGAGCAGCAGCUGUAGAAAUGGCUAUCAAGUUUAAAUAG